AUGUCGGAUGGCUGGUCGGAUAAAAGAGGACGCCAUUUGAUUAACUUCCUUGUUAAUAGUCCAGAGGGCACUUUCUUCUUGGAGUCGGUUGAUGCCUCAAGUGUAUGUCAUGACGGUGAUAUGAUAGCUGAUUUGCUUGAGAAGAGAAUUCUGGAUGUUGGAAAAGAGAAUGUGGUACAGGUUAUCACGGAUAAUGGUGCUAAUUACAAGAAAGCUGGCCACCUUCUAAUGGAGAGGAUGCCUACUCUAUAUUGGAGCCCGUGUGCAUGUCAUUGCUUGGACCUAAUGUUGGAAGAUAUAGGAAAGUUGAAGGCAUUUAAGAAGCCUAUUGCAGGGGCUAGACGUGUCACAACUUUCAUCUAUAGACAUGGAAGACUUCUUAGUCUAAUGAGGAAGGCCACGGGUGGGGAUCUUGUGAGACCAGCAGCAACUCGUUUUGCCACAGCCAUCCUCACACUUAGGAGUUUGGUCAAGAACAAGGCUGCAUUGAGGAGUUUAUUUACAUCUGAUGAAUGGGUUGGAAACAAGUUAGCAAAAACACAAGUUGGCUUGAAUGUGCAAGAGAUUGUACUUUCAACGGAGUGGUGGAGCGCAAUUGAGGACUGCCUUAGAGCUUCAACUCCACUUCUUAGAGUUCUUAGAGUAGCGGAUGGUGAUGAGAAGCCUGCCAUGCCAGAGAUUAAAGAACUUAUGAUUUAUGCAAAGGAGAGGAUCAAUCUAGGUUUCCCUCAACAAAACAAGCAACCAUUGCUCAAGAAGAUCUUGGCCAUUGUUAACAAGCGUUGGGAGAAUCAAAUGGAUCAUCCAUUGUAUGGGGCUGCUCUAUUUUUGAACCCAGGAAAGUUCUUUCCUAUUGUAAGCAGAAAUGAUGAUGCCUUAGUUGGGGAGCUUAGGAGCUGCUUUAAUGAUGUGCUUGCAAAAAUGGUACCGGAUGCCAAUGUUCGAAAAAAGAUUGAUCAACAAUCUGUGCUCUAUGAGGGCUAACGAGAAGGCUUUUCUAAUCCAUUGGCACUCGAGACCAUGAGCACAAGAAACCCUCUUGAUUGGUGGAGUUCAUUUGGUGGUCGGGCCAUUGACCUACAAAGGUUUGCAAAGCGCAUUGUUAGUCUUUGUGCUUCAUCAUCUGGUUGUGAGAGGAAUUGGAGCACGUUUCAAUUUAUCCAUACGAAGAAAAGGAACAGGUUACAAUGGAAAAGGUUGAAUGAUCUUGUCUUUGUUUCAUACAACUGGAAGAAUAUGCAACGGUUUCAAAAGAGGCGUGAGAAGGUGAGCGAGAAUAGCUUUGAGGCUUUGGUCAUUGAGAAUUUUGAUUGGGGCAAUGAGUGGGUGGACCCAUCACUAUCACAACCUCAAGGUGCUCGAGGUUGUCCUGAAGACAAUCAAGACAUUACAUGGGAGGAUGUUGAUGUGGCUAUUGGUGCAUCUUCAAACCUUCGAGGCCGCAAUCUGCAUAGGACAGCAACUACAGUUCAUAGGGGCCAGACAAAUUUCCGUCUGCAACACUACGCACGCAAGAGACCUACUACAACACGACCUACAAAUCCUGAAGAAGAUGAAGCAUAGGAGGACUUGGAGCAAGAACCACACUCAAGUAUGCCCAAUGCGGAGGGGGAGGAUUCAGACUACGUUGAGGACGAUGAUGAUGUGAGCAAUGACGAUCAAGAGCCAACUAAUGUUGACCAAGAUGGUGAAGACAGCACCAAUGCCAAUGAGUUUGAUGAUGAUGACUUUUGAUUGAGACUUUGAGAGUGGAGAGACAUGAGAGAGCUGAGCUGGCCACCUUUAUCCCUUUUGCUAUGCUCGAAUUAUCUAUUAUUCUGUUUGUCUUAUGUGGACCUUUCACCUUUGUUAUGUGGACUACUGGACUUGUGUCAUUUGAAUUGGUUAAUGGUUAUGUAAUAUGCCAUGCAUUGCAGAUUGCAGUUGCACUCAUA